AUGGCCGGUAUUGCAUUUGCCGUGUUGUGUCUCCUGGCUUUUUCGGAGGCGACUGUUUUUCUAGACGAACCGGACAAUUUGAUCGUAGUGGUCGGUGGCCAAGCGACAUUUAGAUGCGGCUUUUACCAAGACUACGACUGUUCAGCAUCACAGUGGGUAUAUUCGAGCUCCCAGUGUAGUCAUGGUUCCUUUGUUACCAUAGCAACUUGCCGGUCUGUACCAUUUGUACCAUCAUUUGACACCAGUCGAUUUUCCUCAACGUUUGGUAAAAGCACCACUCUGCUGCAAAUCAACGAUGUACAACUUAGUGACGCAGGGUACUAUGCCUGCAAGAUUGCUGAUCUGAAUGAGUUUUCAAGAUGUGGACAUUUGACUGUAGUUGAACCGCCCACUCCUCAGUGUACGAUGUUAUCAUCAAGUGUCCGAGUAGGAGAUACAGUCAGGUUGAAGUGUCGAGUACCAGAGGAGGCUCUCACCCGUACAAAGCUGUCAUGGCACCCGCCUGAGACAGCCAGCUCCGUUCGCAGUUUCAAGAUAGACCCGGGACAGUCUUACACGAUCGAGCAUGUUCUCAAAGAAUCUGACAAGUUUGGAGUGUUCACUUGUAUUGCUGGCAACGACAUCCAUAAUGGACCGAACUGCACCUUGUAUCCGUUCGAAAUCAAGACAGUCAGUGUUCGUUUUCAGCAGGAAAAAUCUGGUGAAAAAUCGGCAAUGACAUUGGAAUGCGUCGCGGAUGCAGCACUGCCAGAUACGCGCUACUCGUGGUCCGUGAGCGUUGCAGAAUUUCAAAAUGGUACACAACCUGAGUGGAUAGAUGCCAGCACGGACGAUAGAUUCAUGAUCGUCGGUGAUCACAUGAAUAUUUCUCUGUUGACUUGCAAAGAAGACGACGCCGAUUUGCAGGUGAGAUGUACGGCAUACACCGCCAUUGGUACAAGCAAGACGAGCGAAGUGCUAUCCGUAACCAUCGUGGGCUGCCCCGACGGCCAUUUCGUGUCCAACAACACGUCUGGUUGUGAUGAAGACUCUCAGGAACCGCCUUACUUGUGGAUUGGUAUCGGUGGAUUGUCAGUUACUUCUAUUAGUGAAUUCCUCAUCAUCUGUUUCAUGUGUACACGGAGGAGGGCACUGGAUAAUCAGGAGGACUCUGGAGCUCCCGACGGAGGAGGGCAGGAUCUUAGUAUUGUCUUAGAUGAUGGGUAUGAGAUACCAAGGCGUGAUGCCAACCGAGGUCCUACUGCAAACAGCGAGUACAUGGAGUUGAAUGCUGCCCUCUGA